AUGCUACGCUCCUUCAAGGCGUCUUGUGCCUCGGUGUUGCGAGACCUCGCCAACUCACCUUCAUCGUUCAAGCUGGUUCGAACAGUUCCCCAUUCCGAGUCCUCACCCGCGACAGCUGCCAAAACCCUUUACGUGCUUGAUGGAUCAUUUAAUCCACCAACCAAGGCUCAUCAUCGAAUCGCCACCUCCGCAUUGUCGGAAGAUCGUGGCUCAGCGCCGAAGCGACUACUUCUGUUGCUGGCAACACAAAAUGCAGAUAAAGCGCGCAUGCCUGCUUCACUUGAGGAUAGACUUGUUAUGAUGACUCUUUUUGCGCAUGAACUGUUGUAUGACCUACAGCAGGAAGUACCUCCGUUGAUUGAUAUUGGCCUUGUCAAACAGCCUUAUUUUCAUGACAAAGCUGCAGCGGUGGAUGAAUCAGGUGUCUACCCAAAAUCACCACAGCAAGUUCACUUGGUCGGAUUCGACACCCUUAUAAGGAUCUUCAAUACCAAGUACUACCCGCCAGACCAUCAUUUACGGGUGUUGGAGCCGUUCUUGAGCAAGCAUCGGCUCAGGGCUACAUAUCGUACUGACGAUGAAUGGGGCAGUCGGCUAGAGCAGGAUCGGUACAUCCAAAAUAUUGCUGAUGGGAAAAGAACUGACGAGGGAGCCCAACGUGAUUGGGCACGGCAGCUUACCCUUGUCGAAGGUAGCCGGGAUGGUGAAGAUAUUGUUAGCUCGACUUUGGCGAGGAAAGCGGCAAAAAGUGAUCCAUCUCAGCUCGACAAGUAUGUUAUGCCAACUAUUCGAGAUUGGAUAAUUUCGGAGAAACUGUAUUUGGACGGCAAGUAA